CUCCGCCUGGCUUGCGCCUCAGACAUGGUAGGAUGAUUCACAGUACCCGAGAAGAAUGGGCGCGGCGCUUACGUCGAAUUGAGGCAAACACAUGUUGGCAGGGGGAGUGAGUGCAGUAGUAGAGUACUCCGUAGUCUGCUGGGGGUAACUAAUGCGCUGGCUGAGCGACCCACGAGUCCUUGGGCCCUGACUAGGGCUGUUCGAUAAUUGCCUUUUUGUCUCAGCCGUCGGAAAUCUGGAUAAUCCGUGCCGAGACAAAUGCGUCCUGGAAAGUCACAUGAUAAAAUUCUAGAUCAUUAUAUAAGCAGAGUCUCGGCACAGCAACACCAUCCUAUAUUUGGUUUAGUGGUAUCAAUACUACCAGAUACAGCCUUGAUACGCGCAAGGGGCAAAUUGGGAGGAGUUCCCCACACAGUGGCGGUUAUGAGCUGCUGCUGUAUGUAUGGGUAUUGUUCGGCAAGAUCGAAACGCAUCUCCAACCCCGUUGCCAUGUUUACUUAUUAUUGAUUCCUCUGAGGAUAGCUAGUCCAUUUGGAUUCAGUCUCCUGAUGCGGAGAACGGUAUCUCGGGUACAGAUUGAUAUGGUUAAUUCAACCGAAAGUGCCGGACAUAGGGGAGGAAAGGCGACACUCCACGCUUGCUUUAGUCUUCGAGCCGACAAGCACCACCCACCGCUGCCACUUCUGCCGAGGCAUCUCCAACUUUCGCCAUCUACUCUCUAUUAGCAGCUGAAAUAAAUAUCCGCGCCCUUGCUUCUCUCCUUCGUCCUUCUCUAUUCCGUACCUAACUCCAGAAAUCCUCUGUACGAUCCUUGUAUAUUUUUUAUUUUAUCCAUAAAACUUACUUGGUUCUCUCAAACUCCCUCCCCGAAUCAGACAAAAUGGCUUCUCCUCAACAACUCCGCACGACGGCCACCGAUCUUCUAGGGAUCAAGCACCCUGUCCUUUUGGCUGGUAUGAACGUUGCUGCCGGCCCUAAACUCGCUGCUGCCGUUACAAAUGCUGGAGGUCUCGGUGUUAUCGGAGGCGUUGGCUACACUCCGGAUAUGUUGCGGGAGCAGAUCGCUGAGCUGAAGAGUUACUUGCAUGAUAAGAACGCUCCUUUCGGUGUUGAUCUCUUGCUUCCUCAGGUUGGAGGAAAUGCGCGCAAGACGAACUAUGAUUACACCAAGGGCAAGCUCGAUGAGCUGAUCGAUAUCAUCAUCGAGAGCGGCACGCGUCUCUUUGUGUGCGCCAUCGGCGUCCCACCAAAGGCGGUUGUCGAGAAGCUCCACGCCAAUGGAAUUCUCUACAUGAACAUGAUUGGCCAUCCCAAGCACGUCCAGAAGGCCAUCGACGUUGGUGCGGACUUGAUUUGCGCCCAGGGUGGUGAGGGUGGUGGCCACACCGGAGACGUCCCCACUUCCAUCCUUAUUCCCACCGUUUCCAAGCUGUGCGCCCAACACAUUAGCCCCUUCACCAAGAAACCAGUACAGUGCAUUGCUGCCGGUGGUAUCUUCAACGGCCAGUCUGUUGCCUCAGCUCUGAUGUUGGGCGCUUCCGCCGUCUGGGUUGGUACCCGUUUCAUCCUUGCAGAUGAGGCUGGUGCUCCCGAGCCUCACCAGGAGGCCGUCCGCACGUCUGGCUUUGAUGAUAAUAUCCGCACCGUCAUUUUCACCGGCCGACCCCUCCGCGUCCGCAACAACGCCUAUAUCCAAAACUGGGAAGAGAACCGCGCUGAGGAAAUUAAGGAGCUUACUAGCAAGGGCAUCAUCCCUGUCGAGCACGACUUUGAGAACCUCCCUGACGAUGCUGAUGAUGACAUGAUUGAGAAUGCCCGCCCCUACCUGAUGGGUAAGGUUGCUGCUGUGGUUAACGAGAAGAAGCCCGCCAAGGCUAUUGUCGACGAACUUGUCGGGGAUGCUGUAAAAUGGCUGCAAAAGGGAAAUACGAUGAUUGCCAAGCUGUAGAUAUCCCCGUUGUUGUUUUUUAACUUUGCCCUGCUUCUUUGUUAAUAUACUCGUAUUGGUUUUCCUAUUUUUUAUUUUUAUUUUACCUGCUUUCCAAUUUCCAUUUCUAUGUAAAAGAUUUGGUUCUAUCAUGAAGAAAAACUCUCGAUGGAUGGCGGCGGGACUUUCCAACUUUUCGCAGUGUUCAGAUCCACGAAUCAUGAGAAUUGAGGCUUUAGAAGUCCUGUCCUAUCCUGUGGCAAUCUGGUGACUAGUUAUGUAUUAUUUUUGAUAUCAAAGACUACUGGAUCUACGUUUUCCGCUGGCUAUUACACUGCAAUGCAGUGACCUCCUUGAUUUUUUGUCACUACCCGAGUGCCCGUCGUAUUUUCUCUACCAUCCACUCCGUACAGUAUGUAUGUACAUGUACAUACAUGUACUUCUAUGUCUUUCCUAUUGUCUGAUGAAGAUCAUCUGAGCGCCUGAGAUCUGAAUUUACACCCACGGUGGCACAUUGCCCUUAAUUCCUCAUGUUACUAUUAAAUGACAUAUAUCGAUAGGCAGUGCUACUUUUAUAUCUGCUCCCCCUUUCUCUAUAUUUAGGCUCGCAUUUUUUGCUCUCUGACUUUCGAUCAUAUCAAAAACACACCCUGACUAUGCCAAACGCAACUGCUUCAUCUUCAUUUCCUUCCUUACCACUUUGAUGCGUUCAAUUAUUUUAGAUCCCCAACUACAGACCCCCGCCCCAGCUUCAGCAGUCUAAGGCGACCAAUUCCCAUCCCUCAACAAAGACAUACAUUUACUAAAUCAUCACCAGCAAGGACCAAAAAAGUAGACCUCCCUCCUCCUCCCAAAUUCCCUCAAAAGCAUAACACUUAGAUCAUCACUGGCUGGAGGCGUCAAGGGAGCUAACACAGCCCCUACUUCCAUAUACUUCCUCAACGAUGUACAUAGGUUGGGUACCAAUACCACCACCUUCAUCCUUUCUUUCAAUUCCAGCUGUGCAAUUGACCCACGGCAUAGUUCGUUCUGCAACCCUCGGCUUCUGCAUUGUUGACAAGGGGUGGUGGGACCAAAACGGUAUCCUCUUAUGGUGAAGCAUCGUUUUGUGAAUUGCGUUUAUAGGAAGUAUAUUCCGGCCCUAUGGAUGGGGGUUGGGGACGGAAUGUCGCGUCAUACGGGCCAUCAAGCAGGCCAGAACAAGAUUUAUGCAUCAAAAACGGCGACUACCGGGUGUACAGAGAAGUAUAAUUACUACGUUGUGCGUUGUGAAACCAGUGGGGGACAGAAGAUAUAAAUUUCCGUAUAAUCUUUUAACAUCACAUCUGCUUCCCCCUCUUUCUAACCUUGUUGAUCGUUGGAAGAAGCCCCUGGGGGUAAGGAGAGAAGCAAAAUCCAAUAUAUAAUAAGGUCAGGUUGUUCAAUAAAAGAAUUAAUUGCUAAAUACAAUCCGGCACGUCGCCCAGUGAGCAACAAAAAAGUGCCAGAUAAUAAGAGUUCAAGGGUCUUGAGAGAAGCUGGAUUCUUGAAGUACUUCCAACGUCGUACAUGUACAUGGCCAUGUACCAACCGUACGCAUAAGAAUCUGCGGGUAGAUGCAUGUAGCUUUCAGAUUCAUCUGAUAUAGAACCAGAUACUACUACGAC